GGAGCGGAGGAGGCUUCUACCCAGAGACUAGAACAACCCUGAUGGGCGGGGGCGAAAUAUCGAGGACCGCAAGAAGAGGGCGCCCCAGCUGGGCGGUCUGAGGAGGAGAGAAAAACAAUACCAUUCACUGCAUGCAUUCAUUCACUAUAAGCACCGACAAAUUUCAAUUUGUUCUUGGAAGUGACUGUUUCCACGAUGCUAGCCACACCCAAGUGAGGCUGUAAUAAAAGAGCUGCCCACAUCUGGCUUAUCCCAGGAUAUCAUGCAGAUGUCAGGAGCUGGACAAGGAGAAUCCAAGUCUGUAAGUGUGGAGAGAGGAAGUGGCAGCAAAGCAGUGGAGGCAGGUGCUAUGGGAAUUCUUGUGUACCUUUCUCUAGUCGUCCAGACCUGCUCAGGCCCCAUCCUAUAUACACAUCUUCCUUUUCACCACAGAAUGUUUCUCUGUACAUGCAAUUUUAUGAAUCAGGUAAAACUAAAUUCACGAAGGGCAGUUCAGAUGACAGUCUGUUCGUGCCCCCUGACAGGUCCUGUGAACUUCAGUUGAGGGUGCAGCCAGCCUGCCAUGAGGGAGCUGGAGGAAUAAGUACCCUGACCUCACUCCAUCCCUCCAGGUGCCCCUCCUGGGCUGUAUCUGACCAGAAGCCAGACAGCCCAUCCAUGUGUCCACGUAUGUCAGCUUCUGGGAGCUCUGAACAGGAUGAAGAGGCAAUUUUUGUCUGGACAGGCUGUGGUAUGCAGCUCCCAAUAAGGCCGCCUCAAGCCCCACCUCCUGUAUUCACCCUUGUAUAGCCCUCUCCCAUACUGCACCAGGGCUGGUCUGGGCCACCAGAAAAAUAUAGCAGAAAUGAUGAAAUGUCAUUCAUUACUUAGGUUAUUAAAAGGCAUUACAGCUUAGGUUUUAGUUGCUAUGGCAGGCAGCUUCCCAAGAUGGCCCUGGAAUCCUCGCCUCCUGGUUUAUGCCCUGGUGUAAAACCCUUUCUGUGAGUAGAAGCUGAAGCAAGUGACUUGAAUAUAAUGAACAGAAUGUGGGGAAAGUGGUGGGAUAUGAAGGACCAUGGCUUCCCUGUGGUUGGCAGCCCGAUAGGGGGCCCAGCUGGCAGGAACCACAACCUUCUGCCAAGAGUCAAGAGUGAGCCUGAUCCUCUCCCAGUCACGCCAUCAGCUGACUGCAGCCCCUGCCUACAACCUGGUUCAGGAGAGACCCUGUGUCAGAAGAACCCCCAGCUUAGCCGCUCCCAAAUUCCUGGCCCUUAGAAACCAUGUGAGGCAAUGCAUUUGCUUUGCAGCAGUAGAUAACUAAUACGUGGGCAGACAGAAGCCAUUCAGCAAAGAGGAAAAGAGGAAAAUCUAUGAAACAGGGUGAAAUUCUCUUAAAGUAUCGGGUUCAUAUUUUUGAUAGACUCUGAAGUUAUGUACAGAGUUUAGAGUUUCUUUAAUUACAAAAAUAUGUUUCUUUGACAAACUGGUAUUCCACUAAGUUGAGAAUGAUGAUGUUAGCCGCCCUUGUUUAGUGGCUAUGACUGCUGGACAGUGAAUUUAAUCAUCUCUCACAAAUAGGGAAAUUUAAGCUCAGACAGGUUAACUUAAUUAUCCCAAGACCCACAAUAAAAGGCAGAACCAGAAUGGUUUGAAGCCCUAGUUCUUUCCACAUUGUUAUCAUGGCCUCCCUAAUAGUGAUGUCUUGUAACUUUAAAUAAAAAUAAACUCUAUAGUACAAGUGACAAAUACAGAAGUAGAUUCAUUCAUUGAAGUUAGAAAGUUAAAGCAUCUUCAUAUUUCAAAGCAGGCAAUGAAUGGGAAAUAGGACUUAGCUGUGACUCUUAGCCCUACCUCCAUCUCAGCUCAUUGCUGGCGCUCAAUAUAUUUGAUGAUGACAUUAAUUCCACCAGCAUUCUACUAUCUGGGAUCUGGAACGAAAUCCUGAGUCUGGUUUCCAGGAGGGCUCUGCUGAGUCCACAGGGACAGAAGGUGGAGGGCGGACCUAGAAGAUUCAGCAGGAAAGAUGGAGAGAGGAAGGCCCGAGGGAGCACGACUGCACCGCCCAUUCCCGGCCGUCAGGAUCCAGUUAAUCCGCUGCAGGGGGGGUUGUCCCUGGGAGCUUCUCGAGGUCGCGGACGCGGUGGGGAGCCGGGUGGGGGAUGCGAAAAGGGGCGGGGCGCAGGAUCCGGAAAUAGCCUCUGCCCGGCCCAAAGAUGGAGGCCGCGGCGUCGAUCGCCCACAUCCUGAAACCUCCUGUAACCAAUGGAGCAGCGACCCUUCGGUGACUUACUGCGACGACUUCUGCACUACGUUACAUGAUGCAACAUCCGAGUUGAGGAAGUCGCGGCGGCACGUUGCGGGUGGUAAGGCGGCUGCUUGUUGGAGGUGAUGUCCUUGGACGUGACCAGGGCAACCGCGGGGAUGGUGCUUGCAGAGCUUUAUGUCUCGGACCGAGAGGGAAGUGAUGCUACUGGUGAUGGAACCAAGGAGAAACCUUUUAAAACAGGUCUUAAGGCUUUGAUGACAGCUGGAAAAGAACCUUUUCCUACCAUUUACGUAGAUUCACAAAAAGAAAAUGAGAGGUGGGAUGUUAUUUCUAAAUCACAGAUGAAGAACAUUAGAAAAAUGUGGCACAGGGAACAGAUGAAGAGUGAAUCCCGGGAAAAGAAAGAGGCGGAAGACAAUCUGCGAAGAGAGAAGAACCUGGAAGAAGCAAAGAAGAUUACCAUAAAAAAUGAUCCAAGUCUCCCAGAGCCAAAAUGUGUGAAGAUUUGUGCAUUAGAAGGGUAUCGAGGUCAAAGAGUGAAAGUAUUUGGCUGGGUCCACAGGCUGCGUAGGCAAGGAAAGAAUUUAAUGUUUCUUGUGUUGCGAGAUGGUACAGGUUAUCUUCAGUGCGUCUUGUCAGAUGAUCUGUGUCAGUGUUACAAUGGAGUAGUCUUGUCCACUGAGAGUAGUGUUGCAGUGUAUGGCAUGCUAAAACUCACCCCAAAGGGCAAGCAGGCUCCAGGGGGCCAUGAGCUGAGUUGUGACUUCUGGGAACUGAUUGGAUUGGCCCCUGCUGGAGGUGCUGAUAACUUGAUCAAUGAGGAGUCUGAUGUUGACGUCCAGCUCAACAACAGACACAUGAUGAUCCGGGGAGAAAACAUGUCCAAAAUCCUAAAAGCACGUUCCGUGAUCACCAGGUGCUUUAGAGAGCACUUCUUCGAUAGGGGGUACUACGAAGUCACUCCUCCAACAUUAGUGCAAACACAGGUGGAAGGCGGGGCCACACUCUUCAAGCUGGAUUAUUUUGGAGAAGAGGCAUACCUGACACAGUCCUCUCAGCUGUACCUGGAGACCUGCAUUCCAGCUCUGGGAGAUGUUUUUUGUAUCGCACAGUCAUACAGGGCAGAACAGUCCAGAACACGAAGGCAUCUGGCUGAAUACACUCACGUGGAAGCAGAGUGCCCUUUCCUGACCUUUGAGGAGCUCCUGAACCGAUUGGAGGACUUGGUUUGUGAUGUGGUAGAAAGAGUCAUGAAAUCGUCAGCAGCAGGCAUAGUGCGAGAGCUCAACCCGAACUUCAAGCCCCCCAAACGGCCUUUCAGACGGAUGAACUAUUCAGAUGCUAUUGUGUGGCUAAAAGAACACAAUAUAAAGAAAGAAGAUGGAACUUUCUACGAAUUUGGAGAGGAUAUCCCAGAAGCUCCUGAGAGACUCAUGACGGAUACCAUUAAUGAGCCGAUCCUGCUGUGUCGGUUUCCCGUGGAGAUCAAGUCUUUCUACAUGCAGCGGUGUCCCGAGGAUUCUCGCCUCACCGAAUCUGUUGACGUGUUGAUGCCCAAUGUUGGUGAGAUUGUGGGAGGCUCAAUGCGUAUCUGGGAUAAUGAAGAAUUACUGGCAGGUUAUAAAAGAGAAGAAAUUGACCCCACUCCCUAUUACUGGUAUACAGAUCAGCGAAAAUAUGGCACCUGUCCACAUGGAGGGUAUGGCCUGGGCUUAGAACGAUUCCUAACCUGGAUUCUGGAUAGGUAUCACAUCCGAGAUGUAUGCUUAUACCCUCGAUUUGUCCAGCGCUGCAAGCCGUAACCAGCUUCCCCUGAGACAUUAAGAGAAGAACACAGUUGAUGGAAGGAACAAACUGCCUCUUUAAACAAAAACAAAAAGCCAAAAUCUUCCCCUUUUUAUUCCACCGAGUUAUAUCCAUUUCUGUUUUCCCUUUGUUUUUUAUUCCUGCUACCACGAAAAGCAAUCCAAAUCAUUGGAAUAUCAGGUGACGUUGAUGUCCGUUUAAGAAAAAAUACCCAUAACAAAGUUUGGGGGAAAUACGUGGCAUGUAGCUCUGCCGUUAUGAAUACGUUUCAACAUUUUAUCCAGUUUUAGGUUAUAAUCUUUGUCAUACAUACCACAUCUAUAAUUAAAUAGUUUUCAUUUACAGUCUGAGACAUUCCAGUAACUUAAUCUUUCUGCCCUUUUAAGUGUAACUGGAAUUCUUUAACUCUAUCGUUUUAUUGUGUCAGUGAGUCAAAACAAACACUUUGGGGAAAAAAUUGACUCUAUGCUGUAAAAAUCUGCUAGUAUUAGGACAGACUAUAAAUCGUUAGUAAAUCAUGCUGGAAUGAAAUGAAUACAGUCUUUCACAUCAGUUGUUGUCUUUUCUAAAUCUGAUGGCCACUUAUAAUUCCAAGACACAUGAAUUGAUUUGGAAGAAUUUGUAAAAAUAUAAUCGCCUUGAACAAUUUGAGAGCAAAUUUUUGGUUUUUGGUACUUCAUCGAACAGCAUUCUUCCUGGCAUUAGUUUAGGCUAGAGAGGCAGAGUGAUCCUCACUCUUCCCUGGUAGUUCCUAAGUAAUUAAGAAUAAAUAAGUUCCAAAGUAUUUGCAGCUGGAAUCUUAAUGUCAACUGUACAUGGCUGUUUGAGUCACCCCAUACAGUGUCUUUAGAGCUAAUCUCUGCUACCUUUUUAACUCUCAGGCUUUUUGAAUGGCUUCAUUUCAGAUUUGAUUAAUUUCUCCCCCAAAAUGCAUGUCAUGUAUUCUCAAUAGGCUGAUUCCCAACAAUCAAUAAAUGAACACACAUAAAAACUC